AGACAUACAGACAGUUUGUGUUGUGCUGUUCAAUGAAAAAGUUUACUCUCGCUAUUCUAUAAAUAUAUAGCCAAAAUGUCUGAAGUGAUUGAAAUGAUUAUGAUUCUUAUCAUAGUCACACUGUGCUUCCUGAUGAUCCCGUUUAACCUUCAACCCAACUCCGUGAUCGAAGCCCGCAAAAAGUUCGAUACCUUCAUUAGGCUGUAUGAUAAGCCUUACCGGUUUAACGUGCGUGAAUACGAUCAUCGAUUUCAAAUAUUCCGAUCAUCUUUGAACAAAAUAGCGUCUCUGAAUGCACACCGCGUAGAAAACGAUACUGCCAUUUAUGGCAUUACGCAGUACGCAGAUUUGACUGACCAGGAAUUUCUUCACUUGAACUUGGCUGAUCUAAAACAUGAAACACCCCCGGGAUCACCGGAUAAAGUAGGGGUUAAUCCACUUGAUAAAUUCAUCAUUGAAUCAAAAAGUGCUGAAAUAAAGGAUGACAUCAUUUUCUCACGUGCUAAAAGAGAGCUCUAUAUACCUGACUAUCUGCCGAAGGUUGUGGACUGGCGUGAUAAAGGAGUUGUGCCUCCAGUGAGAUCACAAGGCAGCUGUGGGGCUUGCUGGGCAAUCAGUGUAGUGGACACAAUAUCGUCAAUAUCAGCAAUCAAAAGACAACAAAAUUUCUCAGAACUAUGCCUUGAUCAAGUCGUUAACUGUGCUGGGAAUGGCAAUUUUGGCUGUGAAGGCGGUGAUACCUGCCGGCUUUUGGAGUGGUUGAAACAAGAAAAUCUUAAACUCAACACUUUACAGCAGUGUCAAACGUUGGAAGCCAACAAAAAUGGUUCAGCUUGUAUGUUUCAGAAAUCUUCCAAAGGAGAAUUUUUAACGUUGGAUCAGUUCUCUUGCAUCAGCCUCGUUGAUCGCGAACAUCUGAUGCUACGCUACUUGGCAACGCAUGGGCCUAUAGUGGCAGCGGUGAAUGCAGUCUCGUGGAAAUACUACCUGGGAGGAGUGAUACAGUAUCACUGUGAUGGGGCCUACGAUGAAAUGAACCAUGCGGUGGAAAUCGUCGGCUACAACUUGGAAAACAAAAUCCCAUACUACCUGGUUAAAAAUUCCUGGGGUCCCAGAUUCGGCGAUCGAGGUUACAUCAAAAUUCAGAUCGGUAAGAAUUUGUGUGGGAUUGCGAAUAGGGUUUCUUUCAUUGAGCUCGUCUAGAAGAAUAAAACUAGGAAAUGAUUCACUCUUGCA